AUGGAAAACUCAACACAGAUUAUGUCAUUUGUGUUGGCUAUGUAUGUUAACUUGGGACACUUAAAGUACCUAUGUUUCACUGUGGCAAUGUUAUUUUAUUUAUCUGUUAUUUUUGCCAACAUUCUUCUUAUUGUCAUCAUUACUCUGGAUAGAAAUCUGCAUGAGCCCAUGUAUCUAUUCUUGUGCAAUUUGUUUGUUAAUGAAAUAUAUGGCAGCACAUCUUUGUUGCCAUGCUUGAUGGUACAAAUCUUGUCAGAGACACAUGAAAUCUCUGCAUUUUUCUGCUUCAUUCAAAUAUUCAACAUUCAUACAUAUGUCGCUAUUGAAUUUGGAACGUUAACAAUAAUGGCAUAUGACAGGUAUAUAUGUAUUUGUAAGCCUUUACAUUACAAUGUCAUAAUAACCAAAAGAAUAGUACAGAAGGUCAUUCUUGUUAUUUGGACAGUUUCUUUUGUAGAAGUUGGAGUUUUACUGUCAUUCACUAUUAAUUUAAAGCGCUGUCGAGCUGUUAUCAACAAGGUCUUUUGUGCACACCACCUCGUAGUUGAACUUUCUUGUUCAUCAGACAGGACGGUGUCACUUAUUCACGAUCUGGUUUUUGGCCUUAUUUUCACUGUUGCAGCUCCUGUCAGUUAUAUAUCAUUCACUUAUGUGAAGAUUUUGGCAGUGUGUUCCAAAGCUUCCAAAGAGACCAAAAGUAAAGCUUUUGACACCUGUACUCCACAUUUUAUUUCACUCAUUAGCUUUGUCUUUGCCUGUUUUUAUAGCUUGAUCACUCAGAGAUUUGACAUGUUCUCUGUCCCCUAUCCACUGUGUGUUUUCUUGUCUAUGUAUGUGGUGAUCAUUCAGCCUCUUCAAAAUCCAGUCAUUUACGGUCUUAAAUUGUCAAAGAUUAGACAAGCUUGUAAAAAUUUGUUGACAUUAAAAGCAUCACAACUUUGAAGAUAGGAAAAGGAGUCUGUGUACAACCUGAGUUGAAUCAGAAGCAGAAGCAAAAUCAGAAUCAAGUUUUAUUGGCCAAAUGAAU